AGUGCUCGGUCUUGUACGGUCAUCCCUCGUAUCAGCACCCUUUAUAUGCUUAUCUCCAACGAAGACUCACUUUAAAGACGCUCUUUUAUCUGACCUUCCCCCAUACCCCAAAUUUCGUUAUGCCAGCUAACCUCUCAGCUUGGAAAAUCCCUCCCAUCCCAGUACAGGUCCAACUUGCUUACGCCAAAGCUGUAGCACCCUCUAUUCUCAAGUCUUUGCGUCGUGGUCUCAAAUACGUUUUCUUCCUUCUGCUUCUCGUAAACGCUCGUUCGUUACCGCUCGCCUGGCACGUUCGCAUCUUCCGCCCUGUCGUGUAUCUGCGACUGCAAUACUAUCUUCUUCGCCUACACCUGUUGUUCAGCUCAAAGGAAGUCAAAGUAAAGGCAUCCAAUGACUGGGCAGAGUCGCUGUCCCCAGUGGGCGCACACCCAUUUGAAAUGACGACUGUGUAUAAGACGUGGGCAAGUUUGGACGAGUCUGACUUCAAUGGACAUCUCAGCAACUCUAGCUAUGCAAAAACUCUAGAUGCCGCUCGUUUCAAAACAGCCCUUGCCAGUUUCCCAGCAUUCUUUCGAAGUGGGGGAUGGAUGGCUUUAGGUGCCACACAUUACCAUUUCAUUCGUGAGAUCCCCAUGUUUGCGAGAUAUGAAGUCAGAGUCACCAUAGGAGGAUGGGAUAAUAAAUGGAUCUAUGUCAUUUGCCGAUUUGUCUCAAAGUCUCAAAAGAAAGGUCGUUCAUCUGACAGGCAAGAGUCACCAACUCCAUCUCCGCCCCCAGGUAGCAUGAGCAGUACCCUUCAAGCUUCACUGCAUACUCCUGUCAACGCAGACGAGCUUGGUACGCCACUUCCCAAUACACCAGCUGGGCUAGCUUCUGUUCCGUCGGCGGAUAACGUAGCUGUCAUGAACGUCCUCCAGCGUACGGAAGAACCCGACGGCGCAACUUUGCACUGCGUGUCUAUCUCAACAAUGUGUUUCAAGCAAGGCCGCAUCACCGUUCCUCCUGGUGUUAUCAUCGCGGCUGAAGGUUUCUCCCGCCCUCCAUCAGCUGGAUCUUCUGAUCCAUCGCCCUCCACUUCGUCUCCAACUGCGAGCUCGCCUGUCAAUUCGUACUCUCGCGCGAAUCCUCCUCCUACCUGGGCUCUUUCUCAGUCUUUGCGACUUGCUCCGACCGGAAGCAUGCGCACAUUCCGUGAAUUCUUGAAGGGUGGCUGGCGUAAUGUUCCCGAGGGCCAGCGUUGGUGGGAAGAUGCACUUGGAGGUGAAAUCGAGGAGAGGAGGAAGGCGGCUGUUGAAGUCCUUGGGCUUGCAAGGAAGGGUUUGGAAGAAACCAGAGAAUUGAGAUAAGAUCUGGUCCGUCUGCUUCGGGUGCUUAUUUUACAGCAUACCAUAUCCGAGCAAUGGCCUCGUUUGACGCGAAUGCUCUUUUAUCAUAAUCAUUGUCGCUAAUGUACUUAGUAGCCUUCAUAUCUAGAUACGUAGAAGACUAGAAGGACUGGAGAUCCUGAAAUUCAGCGAUACAGGGAACAGUUGCGAUCCUGCCCAC